GAUAACAUUUAUCGGGUCAAGAUCCGAAUUCUUCAAACCCCUGUUCGUCCUUAGAUAAUGGCAAAAACCCUCUCUAUAGUCCCAAUCCACCAUGUCAAUGACUCUUCCCACACUCUCAUCUCCAAAUGCCUCACUCAAAAUCACUCCCUUUUCUCACCUCAGAAUUAAAACCUAUGUCCAAGCCAUUCCAUUUCGCUCAUUACCAACAAAACCCCCAUCUUUUGGCCCCAUACCAAGCCAAAAUUUUCAUGGGUUUUCCGGGAAGAGACUGGGUUUUGUGUUUGAGAAAAAGUUGGACUUAAAGGUUUGUGCUAGUGCAGGGAAUGUUAGCGGUGGUGCUGAAGAUGAUGAAGAAGCUAAGAAAGAGGCUCGAGGGGAAAGCACUAUGCCAGAGCGGUUCAGGUACUUGACCAAAGAAGCUCCUGACCCACCACUCAGAUGGCCUUUGUUUGUAGCCCUCGCUUUCCUCGUCUAUGCAUGGAGGGCAGUCUUGUUUGAACUUUCUAAUUGGCGAAAGGCUGCACUUGGUAUUGUUAGUUUUGUGGGAUACCUCUUCAAACUUGCCCUGGCUCUCGUAUUCCACUUCAUUGGUGAUCCCAUAACUUCAAUAAUUAGAUGUAUUGAGACUGCUCUCUAUGCCAUUCGAGCUCUCCAUUCUGCCAUAGUGGCAUAUACACCUGUCCCAGAGUUGACCACAAUUAUCCUACUGGCAUCAGCUGUUCUUGCCAUUGCAGAAGUUGCUUCUCCCAACUCUGUAAACAGCCAAACUCAUCUUCUCACAGUAUCUGGCCUAAUUGGGUAUGCAGCUGUGUGUGGUUACAUCUUGGAGCCAUUCUUCUGGACCCUUCUUUUGUUGUUAUAUGGUUUCUCACGGUUUGUUAAAAAGAAAGAUAAUGUUUCAUCUGCAUUGCCUGUUGCGGCUGUGCUGGCUGCAGUUGGAGAACCUUGGGUCAGAGUUCUGGUAAUAGCUUCAUAUCUGGCUCUUUCUAUUUCUCACCAUUCAAAAAAGGUUUCCAAUGGAAAGGAAGAAGUGGAAGUUGUAAUGGCAAAUAGGAGGCUUCCAAUGCCGUUGCUGGUUGCAGCCUUUACCAUUGGAAUCCAUCUUGCUGCUAAGUGGGCUGGGUACCGGCACUUGACAUGGAAGAUAGUCUGAGCAUGAUAACUUGACUUGUGCCUACAUAGGUUUUGAGGAAUGUUGCCCUUGUACAUUUUUGAGUUGGCUUGUGUGAGGAAUUAUUGUGGUGGCAAUCAAUAUAAUUUUCAUUCUUUUCAAUUCA